ACUACACAAGCUAGAAGUAGAAGAAAAUGGAUCCCCUCUUAUCCUCUCUUCUCAUUGCUCUAUCCUUGGUCGGUUUAACCGGCUUUCUAUUCCUCCGUUCGCGGAGGGGGCCUCGGUUCCCUCCGGGCCCCAGACCCCUCCCGGUCAUCGGAAACUUUCACCAGUUAGGAAAAAAACCCUACGAAACACUGAGCCACCUCGCCAAAACCCACGGCCCCCUCAUGUCUAUCCGCUUGGGGAGCCUAUACACGGUGAUCGUCUCCUCGCCCGAGAUGGCGAAGGAGCUCCUCCAGCGCCACGGCCAGGUCUUCUCCGGUCGCACCAUCGCCCAAGUGAUGCACGCACGCGACCUGAACAAGCUCUCCAUGGCCUUCACUCCGGCCGGGAAGGAGUGGCGCGACAAGCGCAAGAUCUGCAAGGAGGAGGUCUUCUCCGAGCGCAGCCUCGAGGGAAGCGAGGCCCUCCGCCAGGAGAAGCUGCAGCAGCUGGUGGAGCACGUGGGGCGCCACUGCGAGCGCGGGGAUGUUGUGGACAUCCACGACGUCCUGCUCGUGACAAACCUCAACCUCAUGCUCACCACUCUCUUCUCCACCCGCUCCCCCGACUUCGAGUCCAAAACCACCAAGGAGUUCAAGGAGAUCGUCGAGGUCAUCGCUAUCGCUGUCGCUGUCCCCAACUUCGCCGACUACUUCCCCAUCCUCAAGCCCUUGGAUCCGCAGGGGAUCAAGCGCAAGGCUGAGUUAUACUUCGGCAAACUCUUUGAGAAAUUCGAAGGUUUUCUGAACGAGAGGUUGGAGUCGAGAAAGAAUAACCCGGGGGGUCCCAAAGAGCAGGAUCUGCUCGAGACGCUUGUCGAUAUCAGCCAAGGAACCGGCUACAACUUGACCACUGAAGAAAUUCCUUAUUUACUUUUCGAUUUAUUUGUGGGAGGAUCUGAAACGAACGCGACGUCGAUUGAGUGGAUUAUGACUGAGCUAUUGUUCAAUCCGGAUAAAUUGAAAAGGCUAAAAGAAGAGAUAAAAAGCGUGGUGGGAGAGAAGGGGCAAAUAAGGGAGGCGGACAUCGCGCGCCUCCCGUAUCUGGAGGCGGUGGUGAAGGAAACACUUCGUUUUCACCCACCCGGGCCUCUCUUACUCCCUCGGAGAUCAGAAGCCGAUCAAGAGGUGAAUGGUUAUAUGAUUCCGAAAGGGGCGCAGAUACUCUUCAAUGUGUGGGCAAUGGGCAAAGAUCCGAGCAUUUGGACAGAUCCGGACACGUUUGAGCCCGAACGGUUCCUUGAAAAGAGGGUGGACUUCAAAGGGCAGCAUUUCGAGCUCAUACCGUUCGGGGCGGGGCGGAGAAUAUGCCCCGGAAUGCCAUUGGCGACCCGGAUUCUGCAGAUGACGACGGCGGUUUUGGUUCAUAAUUUUGAGUGGAGACUUGAGAAAGACAAGGAUCACGCAGACCAUAAAGGAGAGGUGCUUGGUGUGGCCUUGCGCAGAGAAACUCCACUAAGAGCUUUUCCCUUUAAAAUUUAAGAUUUGGUGAUGUUCGUUACCAAUAUGUAUGUUUAAUUCAAAUAAACAAUUAUGUGAUUUUAAUAAUGUAAGGAUGUUUAAAUGUAAGAGGAACCAAAAUUUUCGGUAUUUGAAAAA